GUUGAGUUUUGCUCUCCGCUACAAAGGCUGUCGUUGCAGUAAAGUUAUGCCCUUCUUCCAACGCCGUGAGAAUAGAAGUUAUUCAAAAUGACCAUGAAACUGGUUUACUGGGACAUUCGUGGGCUUGCUCAGCCUAUCCGGUUGCUAUUGGAGUACACCAGCAGCAAAUAUGAAGACAAGUUCUAUGUCUGUGGUGAAGCUCCCAAUUAUGAUAAGAGCUGUUGGUUCGAUGAGAAACACAAACUUGGGAUGGACUUCCCCAAUCUGCCUUAUCUGGAGGAUGGAGACAGGAAGGUAGUGCAGAGUAAUGCCAUAAUGAGAUACAUCGCUCGAAAGCACAACCUCUGUGGAGAAACAGAAGACGAGAAAGUGCGAGUGGACAUCUUGGAGAACCAAGCAAUGGACUUCCGCAAUGGUUUUGUGAUGCUUUGCUACACUGACUUUGACAAGAUGAAGUCAGGGUACUUGGAAAGGCUGCCAGGAUUGCUGAAGCAGUUCUCAGAGUUCCUGGGAGAUAGGAAGUGGUUUGCUGGUGACAAGAUCACUUUUGUGGAUUUCCUCAUGUACGAGCUGUUGGACCAACACAGAAUGUUUGAGCCCAAGUGCCUGGACGACUUAAAGAACCUCAAAGAUCUUUUGGAUCAUUUUGAGGCUCAAGAGAAGAUUUCUGCCUACAUGAAGUCAAGCAGAUUCAUGAAGACUCCUGUCAAUAACAAGAUGGCCAAGUGGGGAAACAAGAAAGAGUAAAAAGCAGUGGUUCCAUCCUUGGUACAGUAGAUGGCUACUGAAUAAUAAAAUUGGAGCCCUGUUAUUCGUAUUGGUGAAUAAUGUUAGUUAACUUGUGCACUGUUUAUAUCCAGAAUAAAUGGUAACAGGCAAGAUGUAUAGGUACUGUAUAUCUCUUACCCUUUGUCCACAGGAUAUACACACAAUUUCAAGAAAUUUUUUGGAUUUACUAGCUUCUGUGUAAAAAAAAAAACCAAACAAACAAUAAAACAUGCAGUUUGCAUCAUCACAUUCUUUUUUUUUUCAAAUAGAAUGAUGGAUUUCCUUACUAAUGAUGUUGUAAAAAUUAUGAAAAAUGUAUUUGUAUUGGACUUGACUUUGAAUAAAGACCCUGACAAUG